UGGGUCACGUGACCAUUAUUAUCGUUCGUUUCUGGAAGCAAUUCUCCUUAAUUUAGUCCGAAUCGACGGUUUAAUCGGGAAUAAAAUUUUUGUUGGCUUUUUUAAUAGUUAAUCGCCGGAAUGCGUUUUGGGCUUCGUCCAAAAUCGAUGGAAUUAUCCGCAGUUGUCUGCAUUAUCGGCGCAGAAUUGUGUCAAAUGUGUCACUUUCGGUCACCUGUUUCGGAUGUCAGUUCUGACACGUUGUAUGCAGUAUUUUCCGAAAUUUCUGUCGGUUUUCUUUUUAAUAUGUGAAAAUGGCAAGCAUUGACGACGACAAUGGUUGGGUGGCUGACUUGGAAAAUGCGUUGUUGGAAGAGUGCUCCGUUAGUGAUAUUUAUUGCAUAUGUAAGGGAAAGCCGUUGCCGGAUAAUUUGAGGUCUGAAGUCUGGCAGAUAUGCCUAGACGUCCGAGACAAAGGCAACCAACUCGACCACUUCAACGAAAUCUACGACCUGCCUAACCAAUCGGUGCUAAGAGAAGACUGCACAGCCUUCGUAUCGAAACUAGGAAACGACGAAGACGACAAACUCUCCGUGGUCUCUGACCUAGAAUCAAUUUUAACCUUUUACUGUAAGAGCCGCAACCUCAACUACGAAAAGAACAAUGGCUGGAUCGAGCUCCUUCUCCCCCUGCUCACCCUCAAAGUGCCCCGCUCCACCACCUACAACCUCUUCGAGGCCAUCCGCGACACCUACGUCCCCCAGAGCUGCCACACCGACGGCAACGCCUUCCACAUCCUGCGCCUCCUGCUGCUCUACCACGACCCCGAGCUGUGUUCAUUUCUAGACACCAAGCGCAUCACCCCCGACAGGUACUGCCUGUCGUGGUUCCAGUCGCUGUUCGCCGCCACCUGCAGCCUCCAGGUGGUCAUCAACAUGUGGGACUACUACUUCCAGCAGUCGGACCCCUUCUUCAUUUUUUUCCUGUCGUUGAUCAUGGUGAUCAACGCAAGGGAGCAGAUCAUCUCCAUGAAGAGCGAAUCUCGGGAGGUCAUCGUCUCGAAUUUAGCGAACAUGCCAUGCGCGUUGGAGGCGGAGGACGUGGGGGAUUUUUGUUCGCUGGCUCAGUAUUACGCGAUGAAGACGCCGGUGAGCUUCCGGACGGACCUCAUGCAGAAUCUGUACAACGGAAAAGGGGAGGAGUCGGCGCUGGUGUCGCAGGCGCUGUGUCUGCCGGUGUCGGUGAGCGAGCUGGUGGAAAAUCGGAACGAGACGGGCAACAUCGACGCCGUGAGGUUUUUCCUGGUGGACUGCCGGCCCGUGGAGCAGUACAACGCGGGGCACUUGCCCACGGCGUUCCACUUGGAUUGCAACCUCAUGCUGCAGGAACCUAGUGCUUUCGGCACGGCGGUCCAGGGGUUGCUGUCGGCGCAAAAGCAAGCUCUGGCCCACAACUCGAAUGCAGGUGGCGAACACUUGUGUUUCUUGGGUUCCGGUCGCAACGAAGAAGACCAAUACACCCACAUGGUGGUCGCCUCCUUCCUCCAAAAGCACACCCAGUACGUGUCGCUCCUCACCGGCGGCUACAUCGCCAUCCACAACUACUUCUCCGACAACGUAAACGAGUACCUCCAGGAGCACAACCCCCGGGCUUGCAUCGUGUGCGCGCCGCACUUCCACGAGGUCGCUCAAGGGGUCAAGUCCGGCCAGUCCACCGAUCUGUUCGGGAAGAUCUCGGCUGCGAUGAAGUCCAAGUCGGCCGAGGUGAAGGAGAAGCUGAUCGACUACAUCGUGAACCCCAAUAGCAGUCCGGUGCAGGAGCGCCACGUCAGCAGCAACGACAAGAUCGGGAAGCGGUAUCGCAACGUGGCGCCGGUUUUCAGUAUCAGCGACGACCAGGACCACGUCACCAACGUGGAGAACGUGGAGGACGAGGACAGUCGCGAGCUGGUGCAGAUCCAGGCCUGGCUGAAGAAUCCCGACGUCAUCGAGCAUUUUCCGUGCCAGGAGGUGAAGUUGAACGGGUUCAUGUACAAGAGUCACUUGAUCGUGACGAACAGUGAGUUGAUCGUACUUAGGGAGAUGGUGGAGAGGAGGGGGAUAGCGGAAGUGAUCGUGAAGCGGCCUCUGUCGGCGAUUGUCAAAAUCACGGCGAGGAAGAGGCACCCCGAACUGAUUACGUUUAAGUAUGGCGUCCCCGAUGGGGAGAAUCUUAUCAUUUCGGAUAUGGAUAGGUUUCUCAUUCCCAACGCGGAUAAAGCCACCAAGGUUGUUUCAGAACAGAUAUUAAAGCAGUUGAAAAUUAAAGAGUAAUUUUCUAAAGAGUUAGAUACAUAUUUAUUGUUGUUUAAAACUGUAGAUAUUUUAUGAUAGGAGCCAUUUGUAAAAAAUCGUUUUGUCUUUCUUUCUAAUCUACAAAUAAAUUAAUUCAUUCUAA